AUGGACCGAUUACGGAAGAGAAUCAGCAACAAGUAUAAAGGUCGUGGCCAGAAUGAACAGAUCGGCACCUUGAAUGAUCCGGCAGCCGAUGCCACCAAUGUCGAAGCCGCCCAGCGUCGCCAAAGCCUAGAGCGCAACAGACAUUCGGGACCUUCCGAUGCGAUCGCGGGCGCACAGGAACCAGAGUCUGCUCACGCUGAUGUUGUUCAAGAUGGACAAGUCGGUUUCCAAGAUGGAGUUAGAAGAGGACGACUGCAUAGCAACAGUCAGGUUGUCUCAUCUAAUCUUGUCGAUUCUGAACGCCGUCGCAGCAGCAACCUUAGCCCUCAUUCAACCUCAUCAGGACUUGAGCAACGUUCAAGUAGCUUCCAGAGUACUACGUCAAGUUUCGCCGCUGUGAACUUGUCGCACGGAUCUCACACAAGAUCGAACUCCGCACAUAGACGUACGAAUCCUCUAGGACUCACUGUCAUUCACGAGCCCGAGUACGGACAUUCGCUAGACAUCGUCUUCGUACAUGGUCUGGGCGGAUCUAGUCACUCUACGUGGUCCAAGGACCAUGAUCCGAAUUACUUUUGGCCCCAUCUUUGGCUCCCCACUGAGCCUGUCAUUGGCUCAGCACGGAUCUUAACAUUCGGAUACGAUGCAGAUUGGAAGUCGACCUCAUCGCGUACAGUGCUCAACAUUACAGAUUUCGCAAAAGAACUGUUAUUUGCUAUGAAGUUCACAAAAGACGAGAACAGGGAUUUAGAGGAUCUAGGUCUAGGAGAUGUCCCAAUCAUCUUCAUAGUUCACUCGAUGGGGGGUCUCGUAGUGAAGAAGGCCUACAUUCUGGGUCACGGUGAUGACGAGUAUUCCGAGAUGGUCAAAUCCAUCAAUGCUAUCAUUUUCUUAUCCACGCCGCAUCGCGGCUCCAAUCUGGCCGAACUACUCAACCGCAUACUCUCGACCUCACUUCUCAGGUAUUCCCCCAAACAGUACGUCGCAGACUUGCAGAAGAAUUCGGCAGCAUUAGAAGAGAUAAAUGAGCAGUUUCGGAAGUUUGCGCCGAAGCUUCACAUUGUUUCCUUCUACGAGACCCUAGAGACCGCUGUCGGUCCCAAAAAGAUCAGGAUAUUGGAAAAAGAGUCUGCCAUACUUGGAUAUCCGGGAGAAAUAUCGAGAGCUAUGAAUGCAGACCACCACGAUGUUUGCAAAUACCAUAGUCCUCGUGACGCAAAUUACAUCAGUAUGCGAGAUGUGUUGAAAACCUUGGUGGACCGCGUGCGGCACAUGGGUAUCAGCUUCCGGAGAUCUUCUUCGGCCUCCUCAGACGCUUCCGAGGCUGUAGAAACUCUCCUCUCCAUUCAGGACUCACCAAACAACGAUUUCAGCUUUUUCCGCGAUCAAUGGAUGCCGGGUACAUGUGAAUGGAUACUUGAGGAGGGUAUAUUCCAGAAAUGGAUGCAAGAUACUACCCAGAGCUCGGUACUUUGGUUGCAUGCGCUACCAGCUAGUGGGAAAUCAGUACUCUCGUCGUUCAUCAUCGACAACAUCAAAGCAAGAGGAGAGACGUGUCAGUAUUACUUCUUCCGGUUUGGCGAACAAGCCAAGCGAUCAGUCAACGGUUGUCUCCGAUCAAUAGCCUUCCAGCUGUCUCAAGAUAUACCCCAAUACCGCAGACGUUUGAGAGACCUAUCGGAAGAUGGACUACGCUUAGAGAAGACAGACGUCAGAACUGUGUGGAACCGACUGUUCGUUACGGCACUCUGGACAUUGCGACAAACGGCCCCAUUGUACUGGGUCAUAGACGCUCUGGACGAAGCGGACUCACCUCAAUUACUACUUGGUCUGCUCAAUGGCUUACGAAACUCUGCAAUACCCAUCAAGAUAUUGGUAGUAAGUCGCGAGACCCCAGAGUUGCGCUCUGAGGUCGAGCAGCUGGGGAUGUCAAUACCGGUCGAGGUCUUUCCCAUAACAUCCAAGUCCCAACAGGAUGUUCGAGCCUAUGUCGAGAGCCGUAUGACUGUACCAAGGUGGAAUGAAGAAGUCAAGAAGGAAGUAACAGACCUGAUCUUACAGCGCGCGGAAGGCAACUUUCUCUGGGUGCAUCUUGCCAUCAAGGAAGUACUCAAACGUCACACCAGCGACGACAUCAGGCAAACAUUGGAGAACAUGCCCGCUGGUAUGGAAGGCAUGUAUCAUCGCAUGGCCUCUGAUGUAGCUAAGAACAUGAGCCCGACAGACAAGCAACUUGCACAGCGCAUACUAACAUGGGCGAUGUUUUCUCGUCGAGCGCUCAACUUGAGAGAGCUGGAACAAGCUCUCCGGCCAUCUUUCGGCAAGAUUCUCGAUCUUCGCAGCACCAUCACUGCCACCUGUGGCUUCUUUGUGGUUGUGGACAUGAGCGAAAACGUCACGAUGAUACAUCAGACUGCGCGCGACUAUCUCACGCACGCACCUGAGCUGGAUCUAUACAUCGAUGCUACGCAGACUCAUCUUGAGUCCUUUCGUCAAUGUAUGACUUGCUUGAUGGAUACUGGAGUCCGCGGCAAACUCAACCAGACCAACGCAGAACUCAAACGCGACUUCAUUGACUAUGCAGCAACAUCCUGGCACUUUCAUUUGGGGCUUGCUACGCGUAUCAGUUCUUCUGCCUUGUCAAUUCUUGUGCAAUUCCUGCGCAAAUCUCAUGUGCUCACCUGGAUCCGCAUACUUGCGUCUCUGCGGCAGCUCAAAGUCCUCGUGUACGCCUCGCGAACAUUGACGGAGCUGAUCAGUAGCAAGAGAAGCACAGAUUUCGAGCUUACCCUGGAUGACGAUCAGCGAGAUCUACUGCGCUUCUGGGCAGUUGACUUCACCAAGCUCGUGGGGAAAUUUGGUUCUACACUCUUGUAUGAUCCCGCGUCUAUCUACAACUUCAUCCCAGAGUUUUGUCCUCGGAGCUCGAUGAUACACAGUCAAUUCGCGAAACAGAGGACGUUUCGCUCCAUAUCAGUUUCCGGUAUCACGAACCAAAGAUGGGAUGACUCGGUUGCGCACAUGUCAGUCAGGAGACACCGACUUUUGAAGCUGCUUUGCUCUCGUGGCCAUAUCGCUGCAGUCGCCACAGACCAUCAGUCACAUGGAGUAACGCUGAUCUGGAGUGCUGUCAACUUCGAAAAGAAGCUCUCGCUCGUUCAAGGCGAGUACGUCACAGCAUGUUGUUUCGACCCCGCCGGGACGAGGUACCUUUCGUGUGGGGUAUCGCAUACCAAGAUCUGGGAAAUUCCAUCUGGUCGCCACAUUCUCACAAUCGGUAGUCCCAAAGACACCACGGUCCUGGGCGUUAUCUUCAGCGAGGACAAGACCAGGGUACUGGCGGCGUGCGAAAACAAGACUAUCCAAAUGCUGGCGAUAGAUACGCAACGCCCAGAAUGGCAACAGCUCAGUUCCUUGCAAGAAUCUGAUACCGCUAGUCUGGGCAAUGCCAACUCACCCUGCGCCAUGGUCUUUAGCCCUGAUGGUACACAGAUCGCUGUUGCCUAUCGCGGCUUUCCAUUAUCAGUGUGGUCAGUUGAAGACUGUCAGAUGAUCGGAAGAAAUUCACGGCCUGUCGAAGGUAGAGGCUUCAACGGAGUAGUUUGGUCAGGAGUUAAUGAAGUAUCCUGGAAUGCACGCUAUGGUAAUAUUCUUGGGAGGUAUAGCGAUGGAUGCGUCUUCAAAUGGGACCCAUACGAACAAACAAACGAGGAGCUACGUACACCUGCUAGCCUGCUCCAAUGUAGUCCCGAUGGGCUAUCGUUUGCGGCAUGCGACAACAAUGGGGUGGUUCGGCUUUUCAACUUCCAGAACUUUGCUCUGCUAUACCAGUUGAGAUGCGACACUACCCCAAGAGCUCUGGCUUUCAGUCCAGACUCUCGUCGCUUCUACGAGAUACGCGAUGCUGUAUGCACUGCAUGGGAGCCAGCAGCACUCGCUGACUUGCAGGAGACGGGCGACAUAUCUGAGGACCAAUGGGAGACGCAAAGUGAUGUCUCAACACUCAACGACUCCACUCAGAUCGUUGUACAAGAAGAUCGAAUCACGGCUUUGGCUGUGGCUUCACAUAGCAGAUUCUUUUGCGCCGGGAACGAAGCUGGGGAGGUUCAUCUGUUCAAUGCGGAAGGCAUGAAGACUCUGAACGUCUGGAACUCCCCAAGAUACAUGAUGAUAGACUUGCUAGUUUGGGAUGACAGCGGUGAGCAUCUAGCCAUUGGGGAAUUGGGCGGGGACGUCAGCGUCAAGAAGAUCUCACCGUUAUCGAUCACCGACAACAAGACGACAUGGAAAGUUCAACCGCUUCUCAAUCUCACCAUGUCAUCACAGCUAGGUACUGCUCAGCAAGUACUAUUCAGUCCGGACGGAACCCUUCUUCUUAUGGUUAGGCAACACGCUGUACAAGUAUGGUCAUUGGACGAAAAGAAAAUGCGCGUUCAACAUCAAAACGAGAGCGACACAGGCCAGCAUUGGAUCAACGAUUCUAGCGACUCGCAAUCAUUACUUGCCUUCAACCACGUUGGCGUGAGGCGCUUUUCCUGGAUCACCCUAGAGCCAACGAAACUGAUACAUUACGAUUACAAGUCUGAUAACAACAUCACCGGGAAGACUGGCCAACUAUCAAACGCCGACUCCGCAGAAGAAGAUCGAAUUAGAGUGAGCGCAGGCCCAGAGUCAGGCUACCAAACCGUGCACGUAUAUCCAGCUCAAGAUCGAUCUCACAUCGUCGUGGAAAGGACGUUGAAGCCUGGUUCUCAAUCUUACACGAUGCUGAAGGUUUCUGAACUCGAUUCAAUUCCUAGGCUACGAGAGAAUGAAACAGCAAUGUGGUCGGUUCCGAACACGGCUAUGCGACGUAUUCCAGACGAAGUCACGAAGCUAGUCGAAGUCUCGCUCGGCGUGCUAGCAAAAGACAGAUUCGUCUUCCUUGAUCAAGAUUUCUGGAUCUGUACCUGGAAGAUUGGAUCUGUUUAUGCAAAAGACGAGCCAGCAACUUCAGGAGCUGUGUCGCCCUCAAAGCACACGCAGAAUGCGGAAAACGCGGGUAUGGUCAAGAAACACUUCAUGUUGCCGCGUCAUUGGCUCAACGAGGAAUCUUUGCCUUUACUUCGGUUGGUUGAGUCUGGCAAAUUGUUCUGUCCAAAGGGCGAUGAGGUCGCUGUGAUAGGUACUCGAUUAGCUCUCGCAUGGUAA